CUUCUUAGAGGGCACCCUUAACCAUCACCUCUUGAAUGAUAUUCAUUCAACUAAUGAAAUUGUAAUAUAAAGGAAGCAUGAUUGAUUCAACUAUAUAUCGAUUUGUUGUUGAAAUAUCGAAUUUUUCAGGAUAUUUUAAUGAUUAAAGGAUGAGAAAUACUCAAAAAAAAUUGGAGGAAGACAGCCAGCGAAAAGCUGUGGAAAACAAGUUUGAAUCGUUGUGCAACACAAUUACUAGUCAAGAGUAUAAUUGGAAUCAAUGCUUGGGAAAUGUACUUAGUCUAAAGAAUGAACUCCUCAAGCAUCCGAUUCCACCCUCAUUAAUGUUGAAACAUACCCUCUGUCAUUCAGAAUUAUAUCGUAGCCAGGCUGACCUAAUGGCUCCUGUGCGUGAGUUGGUCAGGCUAGUGACUGUUUAUAAGCAAUCUUUAGAAGAGAAGAGUAUUGCUCUCAAAAGGAUUGAUGGGGAAAAUGAGAGACGCAAAGUAGAACUUGAUAUCGCAGUUAAAAAGUUGGAGCAAUCUUACAACUAUGAAAAGCAGUGGCGUCGAGAUCAUACAUUGAAUAACUGGGAAAGAGUAUUUUGUAAAGCAGCUUUGAACAGAACUCAUGGUCGAAGAUGGAAGUUUGUUAUCAGUAAAGUAAAGCAAAGAGCAGCACUUGGUCUAUCUGUUUUUAACCCCAUGCUUGAUAGUGUUUCUGAUGAUGAGGAAAUGACUGCUGGCAUUGUAGCACCUCGUUUUACUUAUGGUAGCACAACAAACUCAUCACUAGGAAUGACUAAACGAAGUGGCGUCACAAGUCAUUAUACAACUUCAGCGAAUAGUACUACUAAGCAAAGCAGUGCAGUGCAAAGUAGCCUGUUGAGUUCCAGUCUAAAUGUAGAUACUUCUGGGGAUACAGAAGAUGAGGACACACAGGACACUGAGCCGAUGCCCACAAAACAUAUUCGAUCUUCUCCAACCACUCCCAAAUCACCAGCAUUACCACCAAAGAAAAAGGUGCAAACUAAAGACACUGCAGUAUCUACUGAAGAUAUUGAACAUGAUAAGAUUUUGAAAAUUCAGGUUUUCAAUCCGAUAGGAUUCAAAUUAGCUCACACAGAUAUUUCAUGCAAGUUUACUUUGUUGAAACAGACCAGUACUAGCGAAAUUUUGGACUAUACUGAAGAAGGGAGUUAUGAUGAGAUAUGUUUUCUGUUUGAAGGUGAGCAGUAUAAAACAUUGGGUUAUAAGCGUGGUACUUCACUGGGCGCAAUGCUUGAGGAAGAAGUGUCAGAACAAUUAGAGAUAACAAUACAUCAUGGGGAAGAUAGGAAAAUCUUUGCUAUAUCUACCAUUCCUAUUGAGGAUAUAUCAGAUUCUCAACCAGAAGUAAGGGAGAUGAUAAACCAAGACGAUGUUGUUCCCAAACCAUUCCCGAUAUAUGCUUUGGAGGGUGAUGUCACUGCGCCUUGCGGUUACUUGCCCAUAUUUUGUGUAUGGCAAUUGAAAGUCAGAAAGAAGCGAUACGAUGUGGGGGUUGGUACUGAAGUGGAUGAUAUGCAAAUAGAACUAGUAGAUGAAGACGGUGAGGAUCUUGAUGAUGAAUUGUCUCUAACCAAAGUGUCAUCAACUUCACCAGCCUUAUCCAAGAAGUCUGUUUCAGUGAAGAUUCCAACACCUAAGCCUCCAUCAGAGCCAGCCACUCCUGAGCCUAACGUUGUUAACCAGCCCUCUAAAAAGGAAACAGAUCAGAUGGUAGAUGAAAUUGUUAGAGCAAAUGCUCAGGAGAUGGCUAUAGCUCAUGCUCAAGAGAUCGAAAGGCUUCAGUAUGAAUAUGAGCUAAGGCUUGAAGGAAUGGCAAAAGCUUUGGAAAUGAUGAAGAUAGAUCAGGAAGAAUCUCGAGCUGCAGCGGAAUAUUCUCAAACACCAAUGUCAUUGGUUUCCUGUUUCUCCAAUCAAACUCGACCUAACUCUACAUCAGAUGUCGUUCAAAAGUCAGGCCGUGUAGAUGUACCCUCGAUUGCAACUCAGCAAAGAUCGGUGACAACUCUAAAUGAAGGGAAAAGGAGGAGGCAGAGCAUGAGAAAAAGGGAAGUGCUACCCCGUGAUUUCUUCGAGAGAAUGGAAUAUUUCACACGCAACUCUCUCUCAAGACAACAGGACCUAGUGAUGAGAGUAAGGGAUGAAGUGAGAGCACAUGCUGAAAGCGCCAUGGCAACACAGCACAGGCUAUCACAUCGUGUAACCAGCGCAGACAGUGCUGACAGUGGAAUUAAUGAAGCAACCCAAGAUCUCUCGCUGCCCGCUAUUUUCAUGCCUAAAAAGACAGGCCUUGUAUUCUCUCCAAAAGCUUGCAGAUACUUUCACCCCCCGGGCAGUAAAGAACCCCGGUUAUCUCAAGCUCCCUCUGUAUUUCAACUUCCUCACAUGAGUAAAACACCUGUGCUCAAUUUGUUCGAUCUUUCACAGAAAAACGUCGUCCGGAAUGGACCCGGAUGGCUGUAUAAAACUUGUAAAGAUGUAACCAAGCGUUGAGUUUCUGGUGUUUUAAUUGUUAGCAAGCUCAGUGAUAACUUGUCUGUAGUUAAACUUUGGAUACUUAUCAAGAUUAUUCAGAUUAAUUAUUGAUGAUUAUUAUCGGUUUUACUUAGAUGUAUUUUUCAACCAAAAAAUGUUUAAUCUUAGUUCUUAAAGUUUAGUGGAACCUUGAAUUACAGGUUAAUUUCCUGAUAAUGGUCGCUGUAUGUUCAAGUCUUUGAUGACCUAUAUUUGGGUUUGUUAUUUCGAUUCUGGGUGUCAGGAUAUUCAAAUUUGACAAGUUUUAUAAUUUAUAAAAUACUGUACAUCUUUUUUCCUCUUUUAACCUAUUAAUAUAC